AUGUCGGAGGCAGCAGGAGUGAUCCGCGAACAGUCGGGGGUGCUCAGCGUGAGCGCCAAGAAGGAUUUCGGUCCACUUGACUUCACUGGCAAACUGGCAGGUGGUUUGCGGGCUGACUUGAGGCGACGCGCUCCCUUCUACGCAAGCGACUGGUCGGAUGCCUUUGUGCCCGAGAAUUUUCAGAAGUCGCUAUCCACGAUUCUGUAUCUUUUCAUUGCGGCCAUUGCUCCGGCCAUCACCUUUGGUAGCAGGUUCCUGGAUGGCACAAACGGCCAGUUCGGAGUGCUGGAUAUCUUCGCUGGGCUCAUCAGCCUUAUCUUCAUCAUUGACGGUGUGCGGCCGAUCAUCGAGAACUUCACUGAUGGGGAAAUGCCUCUGACAAACUGCCUGCUCGAAGCGCUGCUUUUCAUUUACACCUUCGGACUUGCAACCUAUCUGUCAGGCAUGCGCCGCACGCCCUGGUUGUUUCGUCCAUUGCGAACCCUGCUGGCAAAUUUCUCUGUCACCAUCGCUCUGGUUUCCGCUUCUGCCUUCGCCGCGAUCUGGUCCAGUGAGACAUCCCUGAGGAUGCUCACAGUGGAUACCAACUUCUCUCCUAAUCUGACAUUGGCUUCCGGGGAGAAACGGCCAUGGCUGGUGAGUCCCAUGGGCUAUGAUCGAGAAUUUCCUGUGUGG